AUGCGUUCAGACGUAAAUAAUAUUAAACCUCCUGAGAUAGAACGGCCAAGAUCCAUUUUGAAAAAUCCGAACCCGAAUAACACUCCUGCGCCGCGACCAUGGAUUAGACCCUUGAUACCGGGCCAGCCAGGACCGAAUUCAAAUAAAACUUUCAUAUGGACGUCGUUACAGGAAACAGCAUUUAGCAAACUGACACAUGAACUAUUAAAAGAACCCGUUUUACAAUAUCCAAACUUUAAAGAAGCAUUCCUACUGACUACAGACGCCAGUGGAUAUGCUAUAGGAGGCGUACUGAGUCAAGGGCAGGUACGGAAAGACUUACCCAUCUCAUAUAUUUCCAGAACUUUGAACGAGGCAGAAGGAAGAUAUUCAACUAUAGAAAAGGAGUGCCUAGCCGUCGUCUACUGCGUGACCUACUUCAGGCAUUAUCUAUACGGCAGGAAGUUUACAAUCCUUACAGAUCAUAAGCCGUUAGUCUGGCUGCAUUCGAUCAAGGAUUCCAGCUCCAGGUUAUGGAAAUGGAGGUUAAAACUUUCAGAAUACGAAUAUAAAAUACAAUACAAAACAGGAAAAACUAACGUAGUAGCAGACGCACUUUCUAGAAACCCACCUAUUCCUGGCGCUUCCAUACUCUCCUUGACAAAAUCUGAUGACGAUUCGAAUGAAUCCCUUUUCUCAUAUCGGACAGCUACGCAACACUCUAGACCUUCCAUUACCUUUUCUUCUAAUGAUGAUAAUCGCACAUUAAACCUUGACCACCAACGGCAAAUAAUGAUCGACGACUUAAAUGAGAACGCUUUACUAACUCCACCGGCAACCACAAGAGUCCCAUCCCAAUUUUACUUCCCCAACACCGAAAGCCUAAACGAAAAUCUAGAUGAACAAGCGCAGGAACUUGAUCAAAGCGAUCCAGAAACAUCAGAAGAAAACACGGGAAACGAAAGUGAGGAUAACGUAUCCGCCUCUCCACAACCCCGCUCUUCAGGCGAAGAAAAUGACUUUAAAAUCAAUGAAACGCGAGACUCACUGCUCUCCCGAAAAGACAACCAUAUCAUCUUCACCACACUCGGGGGACAUCCCUACGAUAAAGGCGCAAAAGAUUAUUCAGCCGAAAAUAAACUCCCUACGUAUAAAGACUUAACUUUCACAAGAGUAAGAAUAACCAACCUCAAUAGCGGUAAAUAUUUAAUAAACAUCCCCAUUAAACAAAAUGAAACAAUACAGAUAGAACGAAACGAUAUUAUAGAAGGGUUAAGAUCACUAAGAGAUGCCAUAACCGAAUUAAAUUUAAGAACCAUUAGUAUAGCGCAAAACGAUCUGUACGAUAUGAUUCCAUGGAUUUUUGUGUAUAAGAAUCUAAAAAGAUUUCUUUCAGACUUACCAAUAAUUAUAACAGUCUGCAAGUCAUUAAUAAGAUGCCCCGGUAUAACAGAAAGAACAAACAUUAUCUAUGAGAAGCAUGCCACAAAAAUCGGAGGACACAAAGGCGUGAAUAAAACCUAUCACCGAAUUAGGCAAAACUAAAAUUGUGCAAAGGCACCCAUUACGUAGAUCCGGGUUGAAGGAAAGCGAGAAAAAGACAAACUUUUGCCAACGCGGCCCGGACCCCUGGAUCUGGUAAUACUAAUUACAAAUAUUUCAUUUUGUUUGCUUUAGUACAAACGUUCACACACUCACGUUUACACAUCCUGUAAUAUAAAACAACACGAACAAACAUAUUAUCUGCGACUUUAUAUUUUAUUAUAUUAUAUUUCUUUUAAGGGCUACCGAACGCUAUUAUUCUUGUCAACUAUUGCAACAGCACUCUCUGGCACUCAAGCCAUUAUCGCAUACGAUUGCAGAGGGGCCUACCUAAAUGUAACCACCGUAUCAUUACGAUCCGGCGAAUGCGAUCUAGAUGUCGAAACACCUAUAACAACUAGCACGUACAUACAGUUAUUACAAUUGUCGAACUACGCACAAACCCACAUCGUCCAGUGCAAAAUAGAAAUUUUGAGAGCAAUAUACCAUUGUGGAAUGCAUUCCCACAUUUCGGCUGUCCACAAUGGAUACGCUAAAUACUUGCAAGAAACUUCUCGCGCUAGAUGCAUUCAGAUGCAUAAAGAAGGCCUUUUAAAAAUAGGAACCGCGGAGAUAAUAGACGGUCUUAAGUCGAAUUGCAGAUAGUAUCUUAUUACAGAAGCGUUACGCUCGCGGGGAAGGUAAAUGUAGAUGGCACAUGUAAAGGUAUUCAAUAUUAGGACUUUUAUGGGACGUGGGAUGACGUAAUAGUCCAAGCAACCGUCAAAAUUUCGCUUAGAGAUUCAUACGUACCAGUCAGGCUAAACGCAGGGAAGAUAAUGCUAAAGUCAGGUACAGUCUGUGAUUUAGCAGAAGAGUCUUGCGUAGACUCGGACGAUGGAUACACGUUCUGGGAAGGGAUAUCAAACACCGCUUGCGGGUUCGAGUCAUAUGACGUUUUGUACGAGGGCACAUCCACCAAAUUCAUAGGCCUCCUGAACUCUCAAAACACAACCAUCUUUACACUAGAAUCACAGGACACAACAUUCGCGCUAACACUUACACGCAGACAUAUUAUCUAUGGGUAUACACUAAGAUCCAGAAUUACAGUAAUCAAUCUGGACUUGUUCACAUACGCAAACUCGAAGUUCGUGUAUGUUGAGAAGUAUAUGAGAAGCUAGAUUACUUCUCUAUACAGAGACAUUAUUACGCAAAAAUGCGAAUUGGAAAAACAGGUGAUACAAAAUACGUUAUCUCUGGCUGCAAUACAACCUGACGAAUUCGCCUACCGAAUGAUGAAAUCGCCAAGAUAUAUGGUGGUGACAUCAGGAGAGGGGAUUCAUAUUAUUAAAUGUGUGCCUAUAGAAGUUACCUUAUGUAAAACAAACACUUGUCACACAGAACUACCCGUAACAUUUAGAAACACAUCUUUAUUCAUGACCCCUAAAUCACAUAUCGUGAUAAGACACGUUAAGAGAUUGCAAUCCGCUAUUCCCAAUCCUGUAUAAUAUAGAAGGAACAUGGCUUCAAUUCAAUCCGACUCCAUCCAUGGUAAAUCCUCUCCAUGAAAUAAAGUCCCUCACAAAACUAUCAUAGAAGUAUUUAACGCCUAAAUCACUGGCUACUAGCGGUAUUUAUUCUCAACAAGAUUUAGACGAUUUAAGGGAUCACAUAAUGUUCCCCACGAAGAAAAGCGCUGUCCUACAUACCAUCGCCCGAGGCUUCACGAGGCAAGCCAUACAAUCCGAUACUGUCUCCCUACAAAAUUUACUGGACGAAAAUUCGUUAAAUAAAAUUUAUAAUAAUAUCUUAGCAAAAAUAUGGAACGGUUUCACGACCUUCGGCGCAGCUACUGCUGGUAUCUUUGGCAUAUUCAUUAUCAUAAGAAUUGUAAAAAUUAUUUUUGACGCUUUAAUACACGGAUAUGCGUUACAUGCGGCAUACGGUUGCAGUUUACAUUUACUCGGAGCCAUAUGGAGCUCCUUCACACACUUAUUGUUAUAUUUAGCUAAUAGAUCACAACCACAACCUCAACCAGAUGUAAUUCCACAAAACCCACCAGAACAAACCAAUGUAAAAAUCGCACCUAACGCACCAGCCGACGACACAUACCCAAUACCGAUCGUUUAUACAUUCCAUGACAUGCGUGCCAGAUUGGACAAAUUUCUCCAUAAAAUUUUCCAUAAAAGAUCAAUUGCCCGAAGAACAUCUAAGUAUAGAUGAAUAUACUAGAUAUUUAGAUUCGUAACUAACCAGCUUAAAAUCAUAACGAGAUGUUCAAUUAAUCUUUUCGGAUAAUGAAAUCUUUAUGUACUGACGAAGAAGUUCAAGCCAUAGUAAACCGAGAGCGCGAACAAAUCCUGACAUUAAUCAUUAGACUCAUUUGUGAUUUUUUAGACGGUAAUUUAGAUAUAGAUCAACUAAUUGCCCUCCUAGAAAAUAUAGAAGAUCCUUGAAUUCUAUAUACCUAUUUGCGCAUGCGUACGUUUCUAACCAUAACACAUCUAGUAAAGCCCUAGCGAGGACUAAUUCCGGUGCCUUACGUCAUUCUCCUAAAUCCACUAGUUUAGUCCUAGCUCUCGGCGCAUCCCAAGGAUAUAGCCGGUGGAAGCAGGUUGCCCUAUAAAAUUAAAAAGCUAUCCUUUUCUUACUAACU